AUGUGGAUUAUCGACUGGUUCUGGGAUGUCCUCUCAAGCUUGGGCCUGCUGAACAAGCAUGCGAAGCUACUCUUCCUCGGUCUUGACAAUGCCGGCAAGACCACUCUCCUGCACAUGUUGAAGAACGAUCGCGUUGCCAUCCUCCAGCCCACUCUCCACCCUACCUCUGAGGAGCUGAGCAUCGGUUCCUGCCGCUUCACUACCUUCGAUCUCGGUGGUCACCAGCAGGCGCGCCGUCUGUGGAAGGACUACUUCCCCGAGGUGUCGGGCAUCGUGUUCCUGGUGGACGCCAAGGACCCGGAGCGGUUCGCCGAGUCCAAGGCGGAGCUGGACGCGCUGCUGUCGAUGGAGGAGCUGCAGAAGACGCCGUUCCUCAUCCUCGGCAACAAGAUCGACCACCCCAACGCCGUGUCCGAGGACCAGCUGAGGCACGAGCUCGGCCUGUACCAAACCACGGGCAAGGGCAAGGUCCCGCUCGAGGGCAUCCGCCCCAUCGAGGUCUUCAUGUGCUCGGUCGUCAUGAGGCAGGGCUACGGCGAGGGUAUCCGUUGGCUGUCGCAGUACGUCUAA